AUGGAUUUGAGCGCGCUGGAUGCGCUGGAUGGGGUCAGUCCGGUGAGCACGGAUGCGAACGCGAAUGAGGAGUUUGCGAGCGCGACUAGCCUGCCGGUCGUGAGAGUCGACACACAAGAAGAGGAACCGAAAGAUGAGGAGAAGGACCCCCUUCCGAUCGACCAGGAGCCCGACGACGAGGACCGAGAACACGCGCAGAAGAUAUUCGAUGGGGACGAGUCGUUCCUCAAGAAGGAUCUAGCGGCGGCGUGGUUGGGUGAACGGGUGCCCAGGCACGCGCGGACGAGGAAGGCGUAUAUGGAGCUGUUCGACUGGAGCGGCUACAAUAUCUUGCUGGCAUUCCGCGAUCUCUGCACUCGUCUUGUGGUCAAGGCCGAGUCGCAGCAGCUUGAUCGUGUCAUCGAUGCGUUCUCGCAGCGAUGGUGUGCGUGCAAUCUCAGCCACGGAUUCAAAUCGCCGGAUGUCGUGCACACGAUUGCAUACUCCAUCCUCAUGCUUAACACGGAUCUUCAUAUCGCGGACAUCAAUGAGAGGAUGACGCGGUCUCAAUUCGUCAAGAACACGCUCCCUACCAUCCGCCGUAUCGCUGACGAAUCUGCCGGUGACCUUCAAGUGGAAGAAGUCACCACCAUUCGUCCGACGAGCACGCAGAUCCGCUUCCCUCUUCCUUGGAGCCAAGAUUCCGAUACGAACAAGACUUCCUCCAGCCCUACCAGCCCUAACUUCCCGGCCACCGAUGCGGUAGACACGAUCCGCGGCUCGCUCGACGCCAAACGCCCCGCUCCGCUCGACACCCAGAACCCCGGCGACGCAUGCACGGUGCUCGUGCACACCCCGUACAAAGGCAACAUGAAAGGCUGGGAAGCCCAACUGGAGGUCGUCCUCCGCGAAUUCUACAACAGCAUCCGCGCACAGCGUCUGCCACUCCACGGCGUCACUACAGCCAACGGCCACAUGCUUGGCGAGCAGCAGUCAAACAACAGCUUGGCUGUCAUGGCCGGGAACGUCCUCCGUCGCACGCCGUCCGUCCUCAGCAAGGCGCCCUCUGACACCGUAUCCUACCGCGGCCGCGCCGACCUGCGCAGUAUGACCGGACGGUGGAUGCCGAGCAAGACGCGCAGUCGCCCGCGGCUGACGCCCGGCCUCACGAGCAGCAGCACGAUGGGAUCGAGCAGUCGGACGAGCUUCGACGACGGCAGCGUUUGGUCGCCAGCCACCAGCCACAGUACGUGGAGCAAGUACCGGCACAAUAGCUUCAUGAGCGUCGAGAGCCUCGGGAGCAUGAGCAACGCGGCGGACUAUCAGCGGAGCAUCGGGUUCGCGAACGCGCUGUCGCAGGCGAUCGUUCGGGAGGGAUCGAUGAACUUCGGGGGGUCGGCGGUGAAUUUGUCAGAGGAGAUGGGGAACGGUGGGGUGGCUCUGUUGGAGGAUGAGUCGUUGGAGCUGGAAGGGCCACCGUGGGCGAAGGAAGGAAUCUUGCAGCAUCGGCAUCAUCUGGAGCGGGUGGACCGCGCAGGGAAAGACAGCAAGAAAGACAAGGGAUGGGCGGAGGCGUUUGCCGUCAUCGAGAAGGGCGUCAUGCGGCUCUUCCUGUUCAAACAUGGCGCUGGCAAGGAUUCUUCUUCCUCUUCGCCGGCCCCCUUCGCCCCUGUCGGCGGCGGCAACUGGCUCGACAAUGCCGAACCGGCCGGCGAGUUCCUUCUCCGGCAAACCAUCGCAUCCGCCCUCCCUCCACCAGGUUUCUCACCGUCGCGAUCACAUGUCUGGGCACUCAGCCUUCCCACCGGCGCCGUCCACCUGUUCCAGGCAGGAACUCCCGAGAUGGUCGUCGAGUGGGUCACCACCGCGAACUACUGGUCCGCACGCCUCAGCAAAGCGCCGCUGGGCGAGGCGGUUAGCAACGUGGAAUAUGGAUGGGGCGAUGGGUUGUUAAACGCCGCCGUCGGACUCCCGCGGCCCAGCUUCGCGUCCCACGACACGGCGCGCACGUCCUUCGAAGCCAGCUUCAGCGCCUCCAACUCCGCCGUCCGCAGUGGAACCCGCCCCGGUGACCGCGCGACCGUCCACGAGUGGCAGCAGCCCACUGCCAGCAUGAUGGCGUCCAACCUGAGCGAAGCCGAGCAGCUGGCCACGCUGACCGCGUACGUUACCACGGUCGAGCAGGAGCUCGUGACGCAUAAUGAGCUGCGGGCGGCGAUGCGGCACGUGUUCAGUGCGCGGCACGCGAACACGGUGCGGGCGAUGAAUAACUGGGAGCGGAAGAGCAGCUACUUGUUGAGGGAGAUUGUGAAGUGGAGGACGUAUGUGGAGGGGUUGAAGGAGGCGGGAGAGCGGAAGAGGGGGGUGGAUGAGAAGCGGGAGAAGGCGAGGAUUGAGAAAGGGGAGGCGGAGAAAGAAGAGAAAGGGAGCGUGGAGAAUGAGGAAGUCGAGACGGAAGAGAAGGUGGAUGAGAUACCCUCGUAG